AUGGUACUACAGAAACUCAAAGAUAUCUUCAUACCUGUGCCCCCACUAGUGGAGUAUGUGGGAAACGUUGAGACGAUUAGCGGCGACAUGGCUGGCAACACAAAUUCUGACAAGAAAAGUACUAAUGAAGUAACGGCGGUAGACCUAGAAGACGAUGGAGCUUCAAUGACCUCUUCCAAAUUGGAACAAGGUCAUGUUCACAGAAAGCUCAAGAAUAGACACAUCCAGUUAAUAGGUAUUGGUGGAACUAUAGGUGUGGGACUUUUCGUUUCCAUUGGAAAUGGUCUAAAGAAGGGUGGCCCUCUCAGUUUGCUUUUGGGAAUCUUUUUGUGGUGCCUCCCAGUAUUGGCAGUGACCGCAACCACAGCUGAAAUGGUGUGCUACCUUCCCAUUCCUUCACCAUUUAUUACAUUAGCUGGAAGAUGCGUGGAUGAAGCAUAUGGAGUGAUGACUGGAUUUAACUUCUGGGUAUUGGAAAGUUCACUUAUUCCAUUUGAGUUAACUCUUUUCAACCAGUUGCUUCAUUUCUGGUUCCAGGACUAUUCAGCUGCAAUUCCUUUGGUUGUCCAAAUGGUAGCCUACUUUCUCAUUAACAUUUUCGCCGUGAGAUGGUAUGGUGAGACAGAAUUCUGGUGUGCUAUUGGAAAAGUCAUUUUAGCUGUUGGAUUAAUGUGCUUUACAUUCUUCACAAUGGUUGGUGCAAAUCCUCUAAGAGACGUAUAUGGUUUCAGAAACUGGAAUAAUCCUGGACCCAUGAAUGAAUACUAUAGUGUGGGGGAUUUGGGCAGGUUCCAAGGUUUCCUAAGCUGUGUUAUCAUUGCUAACUUUUUGAUCGCCGGUCCUGAAUAUGUAUCAAUGGUGGCCGGUGAGACCAUCAACCCAAGGAAGACAUUACCCAGAGCAUUCAAGCAGGUUGCAAUCAGAUUGACACUUUUCUUUGUGGGAGGUGCACUUUGUGUUGGGAUUGUUGUUUCUUCGAGAGACCCGCUAUUCUUGCAGGCAAUUGAAGAGGGACGACUGGGUGCUGGAUCAUCUCCAUAUGUUAUUGCCAUGUAUAACUUGAAGAUAAAGGUGCUUCCUCACAUUGUGAAUGUUCUAUUGCUCACGUCAUCAUUUUCAGCUGGAAACUCUUAUACUUACUGCUCAUCAAGAUCUUUAUACGGUCUUGCAAGAACAGGAAUGGCACCAAAAUUUUUCAGUUAUUGUAAUAAGGAUGGGGUGCCGAUUUAUUCUGUCCUUAUGGCUCUUGCAUGGGCUCUGUUGGGUUUCUUGCAAUUAGGAAAGAAUUCAUCUACUGUUCUUGACUGGAUUAUCAAUCUUGUCUCUGCAUCACAGCUAACGAAUUUUUUUCUCUUGACAGUAACCUACAACUUCUUUAGGAGGGCAUGCAUCGCCCAAGGAGUCGACAGAAACGACAGAAAUAAAUUCUCAUUCAUUGGGUGGUGUCAGCCGUACUUAUCGAUUGUUACGGGAUUUUUUAUGUUCUCCUUCAUGUGGAUUCAGGGCUACACAGUGUUCUUGCCAGGUAAUUGGUCUGUUGAGACUUUCCUUUUCAACUACUUUAUUAUCUUCCUAGACAUCGCUGUUUUUAUAGGCUACAAGGUCAUCAAGAGAACGAAAUUAAUCAAGCCUGAGAAUGCUGACAUUACCACAGGCCUUGCUGAAGUUGAGGAGCAUGAAAGAAUGUAUUAUCUUAGUUUGGAAUCACAGCCGGAGAAAAACAAGACUCUCCUUGAAAAAUGCGCUGUUGUGAUUUUCGGCGAUUAG